AUGGCAAGUAACCAAGGAGGAUCUUCUUCAAACUCUUCCAACUCCAAUUCAACCCAAAGAACUUGGAACUAUGACAUCUUCUUGAGUUUUAGGGGUGAAGACACUCGUAAAGGCUUUACUGACCACUUGUACCAUGCACUAAAGAGGAGUGGGUUCAGGGUUUUCAGAGAUGAUGAAGAACUUGAGAGAGGAGAAGUCAUUUCCGAAGAACUCAAACAAGCAAUUGAGGAUUCUCUGUUUGCAAUUGUUGUUCUCUCAAAAAAGUAUGCCUCUUCUUCAUGGUGUUUACAGGAGCUUGAACAUAUUCUUCACUCAAGAAACAAUUUGUCUCAACAAGUUUUUCCCAUAUUUUAUGAUGUAAAUCCAUCUGAUGUACGGCAUCAAAGAGAAAGUUUUGCCGAAGCUUUUACUAGGCAUCAGAAGCUUCAAAGGGACAAUGAGGUCAUGAAAAGUUGGAGAGAUUCUCUCACGAAGGUUUCAAACUUAUCUGGUUGGGAUUGCAAGGAUCGGUCUGAAGCAGAACUUGUUGACACAGUGGUUGAGGAGCUGUGGACCAAAUUACGUCCUAGACUGCCACAUUAUACUGAAGGACUUAUUGGAAUUGAUAAUAAAGUGGAACAACUGGAGCCACUAUUGGACAUAGGUUCGAAUGAUGUUCGGUUUGUAGGAAUAUGGGGCUUAGGGGGUGUUGGGAAGACAACAAUUGCUAGGGUUGUUUUUGAGAAAUAUCGUAGCCAAUUUGAUAUUAGUUGCUUUCUUCACAAUGUCAGGGCAGUAUCAGAAAAAGAUGGUGGUGAGGUUCAGUUACAAAGCCAACUGCUUUCACAUCUCAAAAUAAGAAACAUGGAAAUUGAAAACAGCUAUGAAGGGAAGAAAAUAAUCCAAAACCGUUGUUCCAAUAAAAAAGUUUUACUUAUCCUUGAUGAUGUUAGUCGUAUAGCCCAUCUAGAAAAUUUGGCUAAUAGCCCAAAUUGGUUUGGUGCUGGGAGUAGAGUGAUCAUAACAACUAGGCAUUUAGACUUGUUGCGUGGAUCACGUGUAGCAUAUCAACAUGAGGUUCAAACUAUGGACCCAAAUGAAGCCCUUCAACUCUUUUGUCAAAAAGCAUUUGGGAGAAGUGAGCCUCAGGAGGAUCUAUUGGAGCUGUCUAAAAUUAUUUGUGAUUAUGCAGGAGGCCUUCCUUUAGCUCUCUCUACUUUGGGCUCCUCUUUCUCUGGAAGAAGUACUGCGCAAUGGAAAGAUGCUUUGGAUAUGUUGAAGAAAGAUCCGAACAAAGAUAUUUUCAGGAUACUUAAAAUAAGUUUUGAUGCAUUAACCGAUACAGAACAAACAAUAUUUUUAGAUAUUGCUUGCUUCUUCAAUGGUUGCAGUGAAAACAAAAUAACAAAAGUAUUAGAAAGUUGUGGCUUUGCUGCAAAAAUUGGAAUAACAACUCUCCAGGAAAAGUCUAUGCUAAAGACAUAUGAUGAUAUUUUAGUGAUGCAUGAUUUGGUGGAACAAAUGGGUAGGAAAAUUGUUGUGGAGAAGUCUUCUAAUUAUAUUGGAAAUCGUAGUAGAUUGUGGACUAAUGAAGACAUUGAUAAAGUUAUGGAAAACAAUUUGGUGAGUAUCGAUCUUAUCUCUUAUUGGUUUUAA